AUGAGACGCUCCAAUGCUCCAAGUGUUUCGUUGCUCCGAAAUAGGCCAACAGCAGCUCCGAUCUCGCAGGAGCCUGCUCCAAGAACUGACGUUGUCGCGAGCAACGAAGCUCCAAUUCCAAACAUGCCCAUUGACAACCAGCCCGCUGACGCAUCGAAGAAGAGAAAGACUGUAUUUUCCAGUCCAUUGAUGACGAAAUCUGUUCGUAAGAAUGAUUCGGUGUCUAGUGCUGUAGAUCAACCUCCAGAUCAGAGACAUCGAACUGGUGAUGCAACUUAUUACACUAUAGUGUGGAGAAAGAAGCAAUCCAGGAUGCACAAGACUUGGGAUGGUGAUGGAUUGCUUGUAAAGCGUGACAAGAGUUUGGUCGUGCAAGAUGAUGCUGGCAAGGAAAUUGGUCGAGGAACUGCCUUAUCUACCUUGACUGAAGGUUCAACAUUGAUUGUCGCUGGCAAGGAACUUGAGAUCACAGGGAUACUAGACGCAAACGCUUACGCUUUGAGAGUCGGAUCCAAACAUAUUGAGAAUCAAGCUCCCGUAGUACCGCAAGCAUCUGAGAAUGUCGCUAGUGCUCCCUUCAAAAUGACUUUUGCUGUCAAGCCUCAACAAACUAGUACAACUACUCCUUCUACAAAGACUCCAACUCCAAAACACAAUCCAAACGCAGCCGGUGCUAUUGUGAUGACACGACCCGCCGAACCUCACAAACAGUAUCCUAUCGUCGAUGUCGUGGUAGAUCCUUCAUUGGCAGCUCAUUUGAGACCACACCAAGUUGAAGGUGUCAGAUUUCUGUAUGAGUGUGUAAUGGGGAUGAAGACACCGUCGUCUAUGGGAUGUAUCUUGGCCGAUUCGAUGGGUCUUGGAAAAACUCUGCAAGCCAUCGCCUUGAUCUGGACUCUAGUGAAACAGACACCUUAUUAUGGGGAUUCGACGAUUAUCAAGAAAGCAUUGAUUGUGUGCCCAGCAUCGUUGGUUCAGAACUGGAAGAAUGAAUUCAAGAAAUGGCUGGGAGAUGAGCGCAUCAAAGUAUUUGUCGUCGAUGGAAAAUCAAACUUGAAUGAUUUCACAGUUGGUCGUGUGUAUUCGGUACUUGUGAUGAGUUAUGAGCGGGUUCGCCAACUGCAAACUGAAAUCGAGCAGGCUGGGAUUGAUAUUGUCGUGUGUGAUGAAGGACACCGUCUCAAGAACUCUGAAAUCAAGACAACGGUAUCCCUCAACAGCCUUCAAACUCGGCGAAAAAUCAUUCUGUCUGGAACACCAUUACAAAAUGACCUUUCAGAAUUCCACACUGUCUGUGACUUUGUCAAUCCUGGAUUGCUUGGUGAUCUUCCUACUUUCAAGAAUAUGUUUGAGAAUCCGAUUGUCCGAGGACGUGAUUCCAAAUGUACACCAGAGGAAGCAUCUCUCGGAAAGCAACGAGAAGCUGAGUUGACACAACUUACCAAGCUCUUUAUUCUGAGACGAACUGCAGAAGUGAAUGCCCAAUAUCUGCCUCCCAAAAGUGAAUACACCGUGUUCUGCAAGCUAUCUGGAAGCCAGAUGGACUCUUACAUCAAGAGCAUUGAGGCAACUGAUCUGGAAGAUGAUGAUGCCUUUUCUGGUGUUCAUGUCUUGCAGCAUAUCAACAAAUUGAGAACUGUUGCGAAUGCGCCAUGGCUGGAUACUUCUCAAGACGAUGAUGAAGGACCAGAAGGACAAGACACUCAACUUUCUGACAAUUUACCUAUUGAAACGAGUUCCAAGAUGGUGGUUGUACUGGUCUCCAAUUUCACGAGGAUCUUGGAUCCUUUUGCUUUACUUGCUCAAAAGGAAGAUUUCAAAUACUUGAGGCUCGACGGCAAAACUGCUGUUGGCAAACGGCAAGAUUUGGUUGACCGAUUUAACAAUACUUCUGAACACUUCUUGUUUCUGCUUUCUGCCAAAGCUGGAGGUGUUGGUCUCAAUUUGUUUGGCGCAUCAAGAUUGAUCUUGUUUGAUAUCGAUUGGAACCCUGCUGUAUGCCGUCAAGCAAUGGCACGAAUCUGGAGGGAUGGCAAUAAAGCUAGUCAUGUCAAGAUCUAUCGUUUGCUGGCAUGUGCAAGUAUCGAGGAGAAGAUCUUUCAGAGACAACUCACCAAAGAGGCGCUUAGUGAUUCUCUGAUGGACAGUGCCUCAUUCGAAUCCAAUUCAUUCAGCAACGAAGAAUUGCGAGAUCUAUUCACAUUUGAUCCAGAUACCGAUUGUUUGACACAUGAGCAAAUGGGUUGCCCAUGCAUGGAGCAAGUCAAAACAAAAUCGGUGGUUGGCGCAUACGAUUUGAAAGAACUUCAAGACUGGUCUCACAUUCGUACUGCCGCACGUACCGAGAGGGUUGAUGACGAUGUCCUUGAAGCCGUCCUUGAACAUGGAAGUCCAAUAUCGUUCAUCUUUGCCAAGACCACCAGUGUAUAA